AUGGACAACAACUCAAAAUACUUCCACAUAAGAGCUAACCAAAGGAGAGUGAGGAAUAAGAUUGAGUCUCUACAGGCUCCAGAUGAAUCAUGGUAUCAAGAUAGAACUUCAAUUGAACAACUUCUAGUUUAUCACUUCAAGAAUAUCAGUUCUACAUCAAAUCCUGUGGACAGUUACCAUUUUCUAGAACAUAUCCCAGCAUGCAUCAACCAGCAUGACAACAAUGCACUUAUAUCAGUUCCAUAUGAACAAGAAAUAUAUAAAUCCUUAAUAUCAAUGGAUCCUUGGAGAUCACCAGGUCCUGAUGGUUUUCCUCCAGGCUUUUAUCAAACUCAAUGGAAGGUAGUAAAGGAUAAUAUCUGCAAGAUGGUUCAUGAUUUCUUUCAUUCUGGUCACCUCUUGAAGAAGAUUAAUAAUACUAGAGUCACAUUAAUCCCAAAAGUUAACUCACCUCAAAAGUCGUAA